AUGUUUGACACUUCUGACUAUCCUCCAGACAACGUGUACGGUAUUCCGCUGAAAAACGAGAAGUGUCUGGGUCUGAUAAAGGAUGAGAACAACGGAAGAAUUAUGACCGAGUUCAUUAGGUUACGAGCGAAACUGUACACCUUUACCACCGUGGGUGAGGAUGAAACGAAACACAAUCACUACAUCCAAUUUGAAAUGCAUUCUGGUCGUACUCUUGCAAACCAAGGAUCAAAAAAAAUUGAAUGCGUUGUUCAAUCGAUAUCUUCAACAACUCAUUCUUAUACGAUUCAACCAACGAUAUCCGCCGAUGGAAAAUUACUUUCAUUGUUAUAUCUUGUAUUAAAAAAAAUCGGUCGUGACUUUGGCCCACGCGUAGAAAAAACGUUGUUCAAACCCACAAACGUUUUUGUUUCGGCAUCGAAAUCUGGAAAGUUAACAUCAGAUCAUUUCAAACAGUGGCUAACCGAAAUCUAUUUUCCGAAUGUUGGCGUCAACAGUGCGCUUUUAAUCGACUCCUGGAGUGGACACUGUUCAGAAGUAGUUGAUGCAGUAACUCCUCCUAACAAAAAAAUUGUAUCAAAAAUUAUUCCAAAAGGGACAACAGGACAAAUACAACCAUUAGAUGUGUUUGGUUUUCGAAUAUGGAAAAAUUUUGUUCGGCAUUUUUCAGAUAUAGUAAUUCUUUCCGGUAGCGAUAUAAAUCUGCAUUUAAGGAAUAACAUCAUCAAACUGCAGUCACUUGUUCACAAUCAACUGUCUUCCCCACGUUAUAUUAAUAUGCUUAAAUAUGCAUGGUACAAAAGUGGGUACAUAGAAAAAACACCCCCUGAGUUCAUCAAUCCGGUGACGUUUGGUUUGGGAGAUAAUUCGGAACCACGAUGUUACAUUUGUGGUGAUUUAGCUGUUAUAACAUGUUCGUGGUGCAAAAAACCUUUGUGUCUCAAACACUUCUUUGAGAAGUAUCAUUAUUGCAAUGAAUACAUUCCAUAAUACGAAAUGAAGAAACUGAUACGUGCAUUGUCUGCUUUUUUUCCUGUCAUGAGUACUAGACAUUUUA